UAUUUUUCUCGCGGUGUACUCCGGUGGUCGCCCGGCGUGCCCUCCUCCCCCGCCCCCCGCGGCUAUAAAGCUCGGCGCCACCUUCCUGGCCUCUUCCGGACUCGCACCCCGGCCUCCAUCGGGCAUCGGCCAUGACCACCUGCACCUGCUGCCUGCCUAGCUACACACCUCGCUGGCUCGCUCCAUAUAUCCGCCUGCCUGCUUCUUGACUCAUCUAUCAGAGUCCUUCUUGCUCCGACGAUCGAUCUCCUGUACCUAGCUAGUGAUCGAGGGAGCUAGAAGCUAGACGAUCGAGGUUAUUGACUUGAGAUCCAGCUGCUCGCUGAAGAAGAAGCUGACGACGCAACCCGCCGCCGCAGCCAUGGGGAGGGCGCCGUGCUGCGACAAGGCGAGCGUGAAGAAAGGGCCGUGGUCGCCGGAGGAGGACGCCAAGCUCAAGGCCUACAUCGAGGAGCACGGCACCGGCGGCAACUGGAUCGCCCUGCCGCAGAAGAUUGGGCUGAAGAGAUGCGGGAAAAGCUGCAGGUUGAGAUGGCUCAAUUAUCUGAGGCCAAAUAUUAAGCAUGGUGACUUCACAGAGGAAGAGGAGCAUAUCAUUUGCAGCCUCUACAUUAGCAUUGGAAGCAGGUGGUCCAUCAUUGCAGCGCAGUUGCCGGGGCGAACAGACAACGACAUCAAGAACUACUGGAACACCAAGCUGAAGAAGAAGCUCCUCGGAAAGCGCGCGCCGUCGCGGCGCGCGAGGGCGAACCAGGAUCCCUACCUCGCCGCGGGGGCCGGCAACAUGUGCAGCACCAGCGGCGGCGUCAAUAACAACAGCGCCGCCGCCGCGACGUCCACGCAAGCCCUAAGCGCGUCGGCUCUCGAGCGGAUCCAGCUCCACAUGCGCCUCCAAGGCAUCUACGGCGCGUUCGGCUGCAGCGCCGACGCCAACGACGACAGCAACGCCGCCGCCGUCGCGGCGGCGCCGCAGUGGCCGAAGCUUGAGGCGCUGCUGCAGGCGAAUAGGCUGCUCCCUGGGUCACUGCCGGCGGACGCCAUGGCCACAACCGUGAGCGUGCAACAGCACCAUCAGCAUCUGGUCGACCACCAGAGCCUCGCCGCCGGCGCCAGUGAUGCGGCGGCUGUCGAGGGCGAGCAGCAACUCAGCUCUGCCGGUGGGGCAGCAAACUACAUGGCGCCGGGUGGUUUCUUCGAGCGCCCCAAGCUAGGGUUUUACUCUCCAUCCGCCGAGGCCGAAGCCCCCGCCGGCGGCGGCGUAGAGAUGAAUUCGGGCGCCCCGAUGGUUGGCGGCGGCUACGGUGGCGCCGGGUUCGGAGCGCAUCAUCAGCACGACGAGCUAUACGACUUCCUGUACAGCAAGUACGGAUCAGUGGGGGAGCUGGCGCACGACGGGCAUGUUCCAACGUUGCCGGAGCUGCAGUGCCCGGAUGGCGCUGCCGUCGUCGGAGCCGAUGAGAAGUUCUCGGCAUGGACCGCGUCCGCCUGCGAUUACGGCGCGGCCGGUGGCCAUCAGAUCCAGCAGGGAAACUCCAUUAUGCACGAUUACGUGCUAGGCGGCUAUGAUCAAUGAGAGUAGGGUUUUGGUGUCGCGUGUCGUAUUUGUGUGUGUAAAAUUCUAGAGCUUAUAUAUAGUUCAUUUUCCAAAUUGUCCAGUCCAUAUAGUUAUAUAUGUAUGUUUCGUUUCGAUUGAUCUUAAAACUUGCUGUUAAUAUACAAUGGAUGCGAAUUAGUAAUUCAAUCAAUAUAUUAUAUA